CGGCAGCAGCACAAGAUGGCGGCGGUGCGGGCGGCUCGCGCGCUGCCGAACGGCGCCGGCCCCGCCGGGCCCCGGGACCAGGUGGCAGCGCUGACCCGUGAUUACCUGUCCCAGCCGCGCCUCACUUAUAAAACUGUCUCGGGUGUGAAUGGUCCCCUGGUGAUCUUGGAUCAAGUUAAGUUUCCUCGGUACGCAGAGAUUGUCCACUUGACUCUCCCUGAUGGCACAAGAAGAAGUGGGCAGGUGCUGGAAGUCAGUGGCUCCAAAGCUGUGGUUCAGGUAUUUGAAGGAACUUCAGGUAUUGAUGCUAAGAAAACAUCUUGUGAGUUUACUGGGGACAUCCUGCGAACCCCUGUCUCUGAGGACAUGCUUGGCAGAGUGUUUAAUGGCUCAGGAAAGCCAAUAGACAGAGGCCCCAUUGUUUUGGCUGAAGACUUCCUUGACAUCAUGGGUCAGCCCAUCAACCCCCAGUGCCGCAUCUAUCCCGAGGAGAUGAUCCAGACUGGGAUUUCUGCCAUAGAUGGGAUGAACAGUAUUGCCAGGGGGCAGAAAAUCCCCAUCUUCUCAGCUGCUGGCUUGCCCCACAAUGAGAUUGCAGCUCAGAUCUGUCGCCAGGCUGGCUUGGUGAAGAAAUCCAAAGAUGUGAUGGACUACAGUGAAGAGAACUUUGCCAUUGUGUUUGCUGCUAUGGGUGUGAACAUGGAAACUGCUCGGUUUUUCAAAUCAGACUUUGAGGAGAAUGGAUCCAUGGACAAUGUGUGCCUGUUCCUGAAUCUGGCCAAUGAUCCAACCAUCGAGCGCAUCAUCACUCCUCGUCUGGCUCUCACCACAGCAGAGUUCCUGGCAUAUCAGUGUGAGAAGCAUGUGCUGGUCAUUCUGACAGACAUGAGCUCCUAUGCUGAAGCUCUGCGAGAGGUUUCAGCAGCCAGAGAGGAGGUCCCUGGUCGCCGUGGUUUCCCAGGCUACAUGUACACUGACUUGGCCACCAUUUAUGAGCGUGCUGGGCGUGUGGAAGGCAGGAAUGGUUCCAUUACUCAGAUCCCUAUUCUUACCAUGCCCAAUGAUGAUAUUACUCACCCUAUCCCUGACUUGACUGGAUACAUCACUGAGGGACAGAUCUAUGUGGACAGGCAGCUGCAUAACAGACAGAUUUACCCACCCAUUAAUGUCUUGCCCUCCUUGUCUCGACUGAUGAAGUCAGCUAUUGGAGAGGGCAUGACCAGGAAGGAUCAUGCAGAUGUAUCCAACCAACUGUACGCCUGCUACGCCAUCGGGAAGGACGUGCAGGCCAUGAAGGCUGUGGUUGGUGAGGAAGCUCUUACCUCGGAUGAUCUCCUUUAUCUGGAGUUUCUUCAGAAGUUUGAGAAGAACUUCAUUGCUCAGGGUCCUUACGAAAACCGCACUGUUUACGAGACCUUGGACAUUGGGUGGCAGCUUCUGCGGAUCUUCCCCAAGGAGAUGCUGAAGCGAAUUCCUCAGACAACACUGGCUGAGUUCUAUCCUCGAGACUCCACUGCAAAACACUAGCCCCAGCUUGGUUUCUAACUCCUUGCUCUGUGAAAUGCUCUUUGUUUUCUUUUUCUUUUUCCAUGUGUUGGUGUUUACUUGUCGCCCUUACAAUUAAAACCAAGAAUAGGUGACAUUUGUGCCAGUGUUCCAGUGUACACUGAUACCAGUUUUUAAAAUAUCCCUUCUUCCAAAGCCUGAAUCUUCAGGAAAAUCUUUAGGCCAGCUCUUACGAAUGUGCAAUAGUUACCACCAAGCUUGAUGAUUAUUUUUUUUUAACUGGACCUUUUGUAGACAUUUCGAGGGAAUGUCUGAGGGUGACCAGAAAUUGCAGAUCUUUCCUUUCAAACCAGAAGCACGUGGUUUAGAAAGCAUGAAAGAGCAAAUGUUGACUUCUUUGUCCAAAGCAUCUGCUCAGUGUGAUGAUGGGCAGUUGCUGUGCUGCUGGUGGAACAGAUGGCACUUUGCUGUCCUGCUGCUGUGCCUGAAGACCAGGCUGAUCGGGGGAAGCGUGAUACGUGAACAACUCACCUUCCUGAGAAGUGCAAGUCACUGAUUUUUAGACUAUGGCUUCAGUUUCUUAAAGGUAGGCAUCAGCUGAGAACACUAGCAGGUGCUCAGCAGAGGGCCUUUUCAGAGGUCACAGGCCAGUGGGUUGCUACCUUGAAGGUAGCAUGAUCAUUAAUUACAGAACUGAAAGUUUUUAGUUGAAGUUUGCAGAGUAAACUUCCUACUUAGCCUUUUCUUGUUGUUUUUCUUUCAAUCCUGGAAAUGCCAGAGACACAGCACAGCAACUAAAGCAUCCUGAGAUCAGUAGUGUCCCCAUGGGCAAAGCAGUAGGUGAUUUAAGGCUUUGUGCUGCUACUGAAAGGGUUUGAGAUGUGAAGAAACUCGUGUACCUGACGCUGUUGUACCGGUGGGAGGUUCAGCUGCAGAAUGUCUUGUACCACAGGGUGCAGCAGGAGAAAGUGACUCCGUGUGGGAAUGGAUAUUUUGAAUUCUGUUACAAGCCAUGCUCUAGGUGGCACUGGGUCCCGAGUCGUGUUUGAAACUGUUGUGGUUUGCACUCCAGGCACAGACUUGGCUAACCAGGAGAACUCAGCAUUCCCAAACACUGCAGACUUGGCUACUCAGCUCCGUGUGCUGUUCCAGUCGGUUCAGACGAGGCUCUGAGCCCAGUGCUGGCACCUGCUGUGCUUUUUUCCAGGCUUCAUGCAGUCUAAGCUCUGGUCCAGCUAACCAAAGCAUGUUGCACCUCUCUGAACGCCUCCAGUGCUUGUCUGGGAAGGUGCUAUCAUGACUGGAAUGAUGUUGUGCUAAUUCCAGCUUUCCCUGGUGUCCUCUGUGCAGUUCUCUCUGUAGUUUGAUUGGUGUUCUCUGUAACUUGGACGCAAUAGCAACUUUAUUCCAGUGCAUUCCACCCUAAAGCUGUGUCAAGUCUAUUUUUCUUGAGGUGGGGAUGGGAGGUUGGAAGUGUUGGCAUGAGAAUAAUGUAGAGAAUAUCUAAAUAAAUUAAAUACAAAGAUGUUGACCAAAA